AUGAAAAAGCAUGCUAAGAACCAACAACAAACUCCCAAACCCAGACCUAGCAAAAUCGCUAGGGAAUUACCUGAUCCAGACGAGUUUUUUGAUCCUGUUGAUAGAGACACAAGGGGAUCCAAGAUGGCGGCCGCAAAAAAACGUGAGUCUGCUAAAAACACUGACAUAGUCAGUGAAAGCUCGUUUGGCAAAGCUGCAAGAGGGAGAAAUCGGCAGACUGAUAUGCCUAUUUUAACUGAAUGUGAUACUGAGCACUCUGACUCUGAAAGUGAGGAAGAGGAAGAUAUUCGCUCAUAUUUAAAAUGCUUACCAUCUAAAGCUGAAAUCAAAAGCAUGCUGCAGAACUUAUCUGUUGUGUUAACUGAUGAAAUGAGAGAUAUAAGGAAAGACAUAGUAAACAUAGCAGUGAGAACUGACACUAUAGAAAAAGCGCAGGAGAAAUUACUUAAACACAAUACAUACUUGCAUAAGACUGUAAAAAAGCAAGCUCAACAAAUUGAGGAGCUUGAAAGGCAAAUGGAGGACUUUGAAAACAGAAGCAGAAGGGUUAAUCUGAGAGUAAGAGGCAUCCCUGAAAUAAUUACUCAAGGUGAACUGAAACAAGCACUGUGGCAAAUCUUUAACAGCAUUCUCAAUAGAGAUACUGCAACUGAAAUUAAAAUGGACAGAUUUCACAGAGUGGCUAAGACAAAAAAUGCACCUCAUGGAGCUCCCAGAGAUGUCCUUUGCGCUCUGCAUAACUUCACAGAGAAGGAGGAAAUCAUCUCUAAAGCAAGAGAAAUAAACAACAUCACAUACGAAGAUAGCAAAAUACUAAUUUUCCAAGACAUCUCGUGGAAAACCCUCAGCAAGAGAAGAAAUCUUAAACCUCUCACAGAUGCUAUAAAGGAAAAAGGCCUACAAUUCAAGUGGGGAUUCCCUUUUCACAUAUCGGUGAGAAAGGAGGGACAAUGGAUGGUACUGAAAUCUCCUAAGGACACUGAGGAAUUCUGCAAAAAGCUGGGCAUUGAAAAACCACCUCUCCCAGGAUGGGAUGUCAUCCCAACGCCUGACUUCUCAUUGGAAAAAUUACCGGAAUUUUGGAUAACUCCAUUGAAGCAAACUAAGAAGAUGGCCUCUACACCUAAUCCCAGAGGAGAAAAAGACUUGACCUUUGCCAUAAAUAAUGACACUUGA